AUGUCCUCCGGCAGUCUGGGUUCUCCCGUACCGGAAGCGCAAUUUGACGCCUACGCCGCUGCCCGAGAGAAGAUGCUAGAUAAAUAUCAAUCGCUGAAUGAUGAUGACGAUACGGUCCAUUUCCUGAGGUCUGUCUUCCGAUUUCUCCCAACCCAAGGCCAGGCCCACUUGGCCAACGACGUAGAAGACUGCAAUGACGACAGCAAACUGCUGCAACUGGCGAAGCACCUGGACACAACUUUGCUGAAGCCGAUGUUGGCCACUGGUGGAACUACGCCAGCGAUAACACCAUCCCCUCUUCCUGGUGUGGAAGACCCUAUUGGGGAGCUACUGUCCCUGGAAUUCGACUCGGCGACCCUGCGGCAGAGCGAGAUACGGCGAAUAUGCCUACAACGUGACAAUUACCAAUGCGUAGUGACAAAAGCCUGGGAACAUGAGCACAACCCCCCCCCGGUGCACGUACCGCUGACCUUGAAGCCGCUCAUAUCAUUCCGUUUGCCUUUGGGAGUUUUCCGGAGGAUGAGCGACUGCGUCAUGGGUGCAUUUGGCAAUGCCUCUACCGCUAUUUCCCAACUAUCCGUGACCUCUUUCACCGCGGCGCUGAAGACGUCAACCGCAUCGACAAUGUGA